UUGAAUACAGCCAUUGCCUCAUUUGCCUUUUUCCACAAUCAGCCAGAUCAUCCAGCCUGGCCUUCUCGUUCCUCCGAGUGUCCGCCUCAUACUCCAGCAGGACCUCUUGUUGCUGUCCAGCUCACGCCAGCUUCAGCGGAACGUCUGGCUCAAUUGCUCAGUGCUUCUGGUCCUCUGCAUCUGGUGGCAUCGAAAGAGUUGAAAGAUGGGAUGCCGCCCUCUUCAGAUUCUGCUACAGCCGCCCAGUUGACCUCUUCCUCAUUUUCCACUUCGCUAACCUCUUUUCGAUCAUUAUGGAAUCCUGAUCCUCUCUCGCGAGACCCGUCUAUCUCUGACUCCUGGCCUCCCGCGGGACGAAUAGGGCCUCUUUUAGGCGCCUUUGUCCGGCCCUUCCUAGUGCCCACCAGAAUCUCCAUGAAGGGUACAAAAUCCAGUUUGGUCGCCGCAGAAAGUGCUCGGGAGGGCGCUCGAAGCGAUGACAUUGACCGACAAAAAAAACAUUUUUUCUGGGUAAGCCGUGGCAAUGCUUAG